UUGAUUCUAGCAUCUACCAGCGCGGUCCAGCAGUGUGUGUACCACUGCGGCUUCCGUGUUAUCCCGGAAGUUGUACACGCGUGUGAGUGAGUGUACACUUGGGGGAGCGCGCUCCUGCACUCAGUGCCGGAUUGGCGGCAGUGCGGGGAGGAUGCCUCGCUAUGCACAGCUCGUCAUGGGGCCGGCGGGCAGUGGAAAGAGCACAUACUGUUCUACAAUGGUGCAGCACUGUGAGGCUCUGAAUAGGUCGGUGCAAGUAGUGAACCUGGACCCUGCUGCAGAAUACUUUGAUUAUCCAGUCAUGGCAGAUAUUCGGGAGCUGAUUGAGGUAAAUGAUGUGAUGGAAGACAGCUCCCUGCGAUUUGGACCCAAUGGAGGCCUUGUGUAUUGUAUGGAAUAUUUUGCCAAUAACUUUGACUGGCUGGAGAGCUGCCUGGGUCACACGGAAGAUGAUUACAUACUGUUUGACUGCCCGGGUCAGAUUGAACUAUACACUCAUCUGCCGGUUAUGAAGUACCUGGUGGAGCAGCUUCAGCAGUGGGAGUUCCGAGUCUGUGGGGUCUUCCUGGUGGAUUCUCAGUUUAUGGUGGAAUCUUUCAAGUUUGUCUCUGGUGUCAUGGCUGCCCUGAGUGCCAUGGUUUCUUUAGAGAUACCGCAGUGCAACAUCAUGACCAAGAUGGAUUUACUGAGCAAGAAAGCUAAAAAAGAAAUUGAAAGGUUUUUAGACCCGGAUAUGUAUUCUAUGAUGGAGGACUCAUCCAGCAGGCUAAGAAGUAAAAAGUUCAAGAAGUUGACCAAAGCCAUUAGUGGAUUGAUUGAUGAUUACAGCAUAGUCCGCUUCUUGCCUUUUGACCGCUCCGAUGAAGAAUGUAUAAACAUUGUGCUCCAACAUAUAGAUUUUUCCAUCCAGUAUGGGGAAGACCUGGAAUUCAAAGAACCAAAGGAAAAUGAAGAGGAUAUAUCGCAGAAUUUUGAUGAAUUCUUCCAGGACCGAGCAGACGAGCAGUGAUGGUGAUAUCCUCUGUCAGAUAUUUGGAAGAAUAUUUUGUACAGAGAAUUUAGGUUUCAUGCUGACUAAAAAUCUUUACUAUGUCAGCAUGAAUAUUUAUUAUAUAAUUUACCUUCAUCCUGCACCCUCUGCAUUGAGAGUGCUGUGCCAUGUGGCUAACGGUGUAUGAGGGGCCUGUAUAUAAUGCUGGGGGUUGACAACAGAGUAUUGUAGUAAAUUUCAGCCUCCACAACGUAUUUCCUGAAUAAGCUGAUAUGUACAAAAUAUCAGCUGAAGAGAACUAGGUGUAAGGAGAGAACUGUUACGCUGGUUUAAAUAAUAUUUCAUAACAUAUACAAGUUCUGUGCCAGAAGCUGCUAAUGGGCAAGUUAGGGCUACAGUUUUUUGCUAGUGUUAUUUCAUUUUUCAUUUAAAUUAUUUGUCUUCUCUCAUUGUCAGAUGUGAUGUGUUUUAUAUCUCUUGCACAAAUACACUGUGACAGGCCACAUAUGGGAAGUGAGAUACCAAACCAAGAAUUUGAAAAGUGGACUAUAACAUAUAUAUGAUCAGCAUUUCAUACUUGUCAAAUAAGUUCCCAGAUCUGAAAUAGGUUUAUUGUGUAAUCGAUAGAGAUACACAUUCAGGAAAAAUUUGAAAUGUUUUUUUUUUUUGUUUACUUGCCUAAUUUCAGUAUCUUGUGUUUACAGUAUGUUGUGUUUUUGUUUUUUCUUUUUCAAUAUUUAUAUUCAGUUAGCAGUGUGGCCACACUGAUAAUUGAGGCGCUCAGUGGAAAAGAGGCACAUGCCACAAAAUUACUGUUGCCCUUUUUCAGCUAGUUAUGUAUUUAAUAUAUAAUACCAAGGAUUUUUAUUUUGCUGCUUGUGAGAAAUAGGCACAUACCACUAUGUUAGUAUUUAGUGGAGUAGAUGGCAGAAGCUACUUGAUUGCAGCAAAAAUUCAAAAUCCCAAAAUCCAUGUAGAUGUGGCAUGUGCCUCUUUUUACUGAACCCCUCAGCUGUGUAAAGCAGUAAACAGGAGACGAGUGUAGGUAAUACUCUUAUAUAAUAUCCUUGGUCCCUCUAUGUAUGAUCAUAUUUGCCUACUCUACUGGAAUGUCCAAAAGGAACCUGAGUUUCUAGGUGUUCUCUCAGGAAAGCAGGCAUCCUUCAUUGAUUCGCCCACUUCUCUAAUGACGUGGGAGGAGCUAUGCCUUAAUGAGAUGAUUUGAAGCAAUUUUGUAGUCCUCAUCCAAUGAUCCUAUGUUGCAGAAACUGUGGCUCAAAUGCAUUUAAUAUUGUAAUAAAAUUAUUUUUUGUACUACA